AUGGUGGACAUGGAAAAUGAACACCCCCAAUGCUCAGCCGCCGCCACCGAUGGCGCUGAUGCCGCCUCCAACGUGGCUGCUGUUCCCAUUCACGACGAGUGGAUCGAGCCGGCCCCGGAUGCAGGGCGCGGCCGGCCGCAUGUUCCCCCUCUCCUCAAUGACUCCCUGGUCAAGACCAUCCGCGGCCUGGUGCGCGGGGCCUUCGCCCAGCAGGUGGUCGUGGUCGAGGAUGCCGACAGCCCGGCCGCCGCCGCCCCCGCCGAACCGCCCGUGCACAUCCUUCCCAUGCCGGAGGGCGACAGCACGCCGACCCCGGCCGAUCUGGACCCCCCGCGCCGGCCGGCCUUCCCUGGCCGGAAGAAGCAUCAUGCCUGGAAGCGGGCUGCCUCCUUCGCGGCCCUCGAGCAGGCCGACACCCACCACCGCCUCGGCGGCCAGCGGCACUUUGUCCGCCGCAGUGCCGACGAUACCUUCAUCGAGGACUUCCCCGCCGAGAGUGGCACCCUCCUGCCGGAUGACGUCCGCGACCAAUUCCGCGAGAGCCUGGGCAUGCUGGAGAAUGCCCUGGCCGACCCGGUCCUUACGUCCAUCAUCGCCAGUGUCAUGAUCACCCUCAUCAUCCUGUCUUUCAUUGUCGGCCGGGCGUCCGGCGUGUCGGCCGCGGCCACCUCCCGCCGCGACGCCAAGCUCGCGGCCGCCGCCGGCGGACGGGCCGGCGCCUCUGCCCCGCCCACGAUGAAGUGCUGCCGCAACCCGAUGUGCCUGCCGCUGAAGCUGUGCUGGCGCGCGGUCUGCGGCCCGAAGAAGAAGCCCACCCUCGGGCCUCGCUCGCGCUAUGGCACCCGCAGCGGUGCGGGCGCCUCGGCCGCGGCCGGCUCGGUCUGCGACUGUCCCAUGAAGCUCGAGACCGGCACCCAUGCCAAGAGCUGUGCCGUGCACAACAUGUCGUCCACCCUCUGCCCAGACACCGAGGCCUACAUGUACGACUCCGAACUUGAUAGCGACUACUCCGACGAUGACUAUUGA